ACAUAAAAUUUCUUCCAAUGACUUCGCCUUUACUGCUCCGCUCAUCAUGUGACGGGGGAGUGGCAGAAAAUCAGGAAACGAACCGCCGCUGCGAGUCACGAGAAAAGAGCUCUUCAUCAUGGCCUACCAGGCUGGGACUCAAGAGGAGCCCAGUGCUUUAGUUCACAACAUCAGCACCAACAUCCAGAAGCUCACACUGCUGAUCUCUGAGCUGCAGAGGGCAGUGUAUCUGCUGGGAACAGAGCAGGACACCAGCCAGCUACGACAGACGCUGCAACAGAAACAGCAGCAAGGCAACCAGCUAGCCAAGGAGACUGACCGGCUGAUCAAGGCAUUCAGUGCACUUCCUGUUGGCCCUGAUCAGCGGCAGAGAAAGAUACAGAAAGAUCGACUGUUGAAUGACUUCUCUGCCGCCCUAAACAGCUUCCAAAAGACCCAGCGGCAGGCAGCCGACAAAGAGAGAGAGUUUGUGGCCAGAGUCAGAGCCAGCUCCAGGGUGUCGGGAGGCCAGCCUGAAGACAGCUUUGGAAAUGUGCCUCCAUUCCCAGGUGACUCCCAGGUGCAGGCCCAGGCCGAGGCCAUCACUGAAGAUGACCUGAGGCUGAUUCAGGAGAGAGAGUCGGCCAUCAGGCAGCUGGAGUCUGACAUCACAGAUAUCAAUGACAUCUUCAAGGAUCUGGGGAUGAUGGUGCAUGAGCAGGGAGACAUGAUAGACAGUAUAGAAGCCAAUGUGGAGACUGCAGACGUGAAUGUCCAGAACGCCACCCAGCAGCUCGCCCGUGCUGCAGACUACCAGAGGAGCUCCCGGAAGAAGAUAUGCAUCCUGAUGAUAGUGUUGGCUGUAGCUGCUGUUAUAAUAGGACUUAUCAUCUGGGGAGCUGUCAGCAAAUGAGGGCGUUUUCCUCUCCUCUUCACUCAUCAGCCUGGACAAAGGAUGAAGUACUGUCCUUCCUCUCCUCUGCCUGCUCCUUUCCUUGCCCCCCCACACCCUGCGUCAUGAGGGGAGUCAUUGAGACUGUCUAUCCUUCUUUGGUUUGAUUAUAUACGUUUUUUUUAGUCCUCGUUGACAGGAAUGCCCACUGCUCCUUCAUGGUGAAACAAAGCUAGUGCUGGUAGUUUCAUUGUUAUAAUCAGCUUUAAAUGUAAUUUGUAAUUGUAACACAAAUAAUUAUUUGUGUCUGAUUUAGCCAUGAUUUUCAUCCACACCUGCUUGUCAGUUGAAGGAGCAUACACAGGCAAAGUAUUUCUGUGUUCAGUGGCAGUCAUUGUUGCUGAGUAACUGUCCCUAUUGCCCUGACAUUGUUGAGAGAAUCUCCAUUGAGUUCAAUGUUAGAUAAUAUACAAUAAAGGCAAUGAAGAGGCAGGUGUCUGUAGGAAGAGAUUAACCUUCAGAUCUGUUUCUUAAUAUUUCUGCAGCUGCUUUCCUCUUGUCUGGUUACAUAUGAAAAGACCACGUGCUAAAAGUUUCCCCACAGUUAAACUAUGAAGUGCCCUAUAUUAAUUGAUUGUGAAUAAACAAAAGCCACCCUUGUAGCCAUGGUAAAAUGUUGCCAAUUUGCAUUCAGUUUAUUCUAAUGUGGUGCGCAAGCCUUUUUUAAUCUAUCAUCUCCUGUAUUUUAAGUUAUCAUUAAUUAAAAUUAAUAGUUAAUUUCUGUUCAAAUUCAUGUUAUAUUGCUAAUGCUAAAUGAGGAAGUACUGUACAUACUCAUGCUAAAACUUGUGGUUAGGACUUUAAAAUACACUCCACUAUCGGCCAAUCAUCAGCCAGUCCCCAAAUAAUAAGGGGAAGAGUUGUUCCUUAAAGUAGGUGGUGUGUUUUCUUUGUCUAGAGAAAUUGUUUUUAACUACAUAUCUCAGAGUGAUUGCUUUUACAUCAAGGAUAAUCCUUUUUAAUAAAUCAAAUUACAUUACCAUUGUCAAACCACAGGUGAUUAGACACAAAGAAUGUACAGCAGCCAGUUCUGGCAAGGAUUGAGUAAUAACUUUGGUUGUGGUUUAUAGUUCGUUUUAACUUACUUAGAUUUUCUUUAUUUAAAACCCCUGCACACCACACAUGUGUCCCUAGGUGGCCAUAGCUAUGGCAACCAGUCGUAGUCUUGAGAAGUUUAGUCAGCCGCAGUACGUGGAAACACCUCUGUGGGUUGAUCAUUUGUGUUCAUGACUUUUACCUUGCUCAAAGUAUUGACAGUCAUUUUUUUCUGUGACUGACAAAUUGCUUAUCACAUGUAUGAAGAAACCAAAACUGGUACAAAUUACAUAAAGGUAAAUACAAAGUAGAGGAAGUAAAAGCAAAAACUACAACUGCUGCAACUGUUUGACCUAGAUGUAAAAUUAUGAUCACAUGUAUGCUUUCAUUAUUGAGAUUUAGCUGCCUAUGUGCUGAAUAAAUUACCUGAAUGUACAGAUCCUGAUGUAAAAUUAUAUGAUUUUUUACAUGAUUACAUUAUUCUUCAAUAAAAAAAAAAAAAUCCAA